AGAAACUUGUAUAUGGAGAAAGCAAGUCAUCUUUUCAUGAGCUGAUUUGUUAAAAAUUUCUCAAGGAAAGCUACGUUGUUGGAGGAUCUUGCAGCAUAAAAUAAUAUAAAGGAUGUCCAACUUGGGACAGUUUGACACUGACUUUUACCAAUCUAACUAUACCAUUGAUAAUCAGGAGCAGAACUGCAAUGAUUCCAAUGCCUAUGAAAAUUUUUAUGGAUCUAGAAAACAACCAGCCGGUGAGCAGCCUCCAUCUGCCUUUGUCCCACCAGAGAUGCUCAUGUCACCAGGUUACGCAGGACAAUUUUUUCAGCCAGCAUCCAACCUGGAUUAUUAUUCACAAUCUUCUUACAUUGACAGUUUUGAUGAAGAGCCUCCUUUACUAGAAGAACUUGGAAUUAAUUUUGAUCACAUAUGGCAAAAAACCUUGACAGUGUUAAACCCACUGAAGCCAGCAGAUGGCAGCAUUAUGAAUGAAACAGACCUCACAGGGCCCAUCCUGUUUUGCGUUGCCCUAGGAGCCACGCUACUUCUGGCAGGAAAAGUCCAGUUUGGUUAUGUGUACGGCAUGAGCGCCAUCGGCUGCCUAGGGAUUCACGCCUUACUAAACUUGAUGAGCUCCUCAGGGGUGUCCUGUGGCUGCGUGGCCAGUGUGCUGGGUUACUGCCUGCUCCCCAUGGUCAUCCUGUCCAGCUGCGCCAUCUUCUGUUCCCUGCAGGGCAUCUUUGGAAUGGUGUCGGCCCUGGUCAUCAUCGGCUGGUGCAGUCUCUCAGCCUCCAAAAUUUUCAUUUCUGCCCUGGACAUGGAAGGACAGCAGCUUCUCAUUGCCUACCCUUGUGCCUUACUUUAUGGACUUUUUGCUCUCCUAACAGUUUUUUGAAGAGCGUUUGAGACAGCAUUACAGGAUUCUGUUUGUUUGCUGUGCAGAUUAUCCUGGAAAUGUAUUAGCAUUCAAAUUUGGUAAUAUGAUUUCUAUUUUAUUGCUGUUGAGAGAAUAAUAAGCAGAGAGACAAAACAGCACUUAAGGAUGGGGCUCUAAUAGGCUGUUUGGUUUGAAUGAUGAUUUGCUUUUGGGUUGGUGCAUUAAAACAGUUUAGAAUGCUUUAUAAAGGAAGAUAGUUGUACUGAUGGACCCUGCUUUUCUCGAUAGAUGUAUUUCUGAGAAAUUGUGAGUAAAUAAAAUCAUAGGCUGACUGGGUAAAGGAAAUCUGCAGUGAGUCUUUUCAGAAAACUUCAUGAUGACUCAGGCUGUGCACAAGUGAUUAAAGUCACAUUGUCCAGCACCUGUGGAGAAUUGUAGGGGAGGGCUAUUUAGGGUUUUAUUUACCUGAGAGUCAAAGAAUCUCCUGUCUUUCAAUUCAUUUACUUUCACAACUGUUGUUUGGUCCCAUGUGAACAACGCAUUGACUCACCACUUUUUCAAGCCCUCACUUCCUUCUUACUUGGUUUAGAUGUAUGGUCCGUUACUAUAUGUUCUCCCUUGAAUACAUACAUCCUCAGUAACCUUGCCAUUUGCUCCCUAAAUAGAUGAAGGUAACUGGAGGAAAUCCAACUUGUUUCUCUUUAAUUGUAUUACUGUAUCUUAAAUGGCUGCUCAGUAUUGCCUUUUGAGUCCUAUUACAUUACCCUAUAAAUUUGCUUUCUCACUUUCUGAAAUGAUUGUGACACACCAUUUCUUCACUGCUCAAAUCUGCAAUAUGCCUUUCUUACUGUUAGUUGAUGACCUUUCUUAUUUCAUUGAAAGAAAUAUCCAGGAGAAAAAUGCAUCUUCCCAUCACAAGAUAUGUCAACCUACAUGCAUCUUUAUAGACAAAUGUGUAUAUAUGUUUAUGUAUAUGUGCACGCACGCACACACACACACACUCCCUCUUGUCACACAUUCUCUCUUUUCACUUCUUUUCCUCUCCACAUGCAGCCCCUCCACCUGUGUAACCAGUGUUUUCCUCUUGACCUAUCAUUCAUAUCAGCACAUAAACAUGUUUCAAUAUCUCUUAUCUUAAAAUAAAAAUCCUUUGGCUCAACAUCACUCUCCAGUUAUGGCUCAUUUCUCAGUGGCAAAAAUCUUUGAAAGGGUGGCCAUUGUCUCUGGUUCCACUUUAGCACUAUGACUUCUCUUUUUUGCAGUCAAAAUUUCAUCACUCUAUUCACCAAGACCACCUUUGUCAAAUCAGCAACAACCUCUACAUCUUGCUAAAUCCAAUGGUCAACUCUCAUUCAUUCAUGUUGUGUAAACCCCCAGAGGUAUUUGAUUUCCCUCCUCACCAAUUUCCUCCACCCCACAUGCUGAAGCACUUCUUUACUAGGCUUUUGUCUUUUCGUCCAUUUUUAUCUACCUCACUAUUGGCUCCUUCUUUAUCCCCUUGGCUAGUUUUUCUUCCUCUUCUCAACUCUCAAGUUUCCUCUCUGUCUGUACUCACUUGCUAGAUGAACUCACUCAAUUGCAUUGCUUUAAAAUCUGAUGACUCCCAAAUUUCCACCUCUCCCUUGAGCUCUUUAUAGGUAUAUAACUUAAUACUUUCAUUUGAUUUUUAAUAUAAUACUCUCAAAAAUAGCAUAUCUGAAACCAAACCCUCGCUUCUGUUUUGUUCCUCCUCCCAACUUACUCACCUCUACAACAGGAAUCACAAAUCACCCAGCUGUUCACUCUAAAAAACUAGUAGUCUGUCUUCAUCACUCUUUUACUUUGACAUCCAACAUCUAAUCCACAGAAAAUCCUGUU